AUGAGUGGGAGUUACUCAUUGCCGUAUUCCAAUCAUGCGGACGAAUCUCAGCAAUAUCUGAAAACUUUCAAACCCAAUCAAAAAAUCUCCAUACAGGACUCCAUUCUUCAUCAGAUAACAAAGCAUAAGCGUAUCGUUCUUUUGAUUGUUACAUUUAUAUGCUUGUCGUUAUUUACAAAUGUUCCAUAUAUACCACAUCUAAGAUCGUCAUCACCCAAAGUUGUUAUAAUAUUGGCUGCUAAUGAAGGUGGUGGUGUACUCAAGUGGAAAUCACCACAAGAAUGGUCAAUUGAGAGAUCUUCCAUAGCGAAUAAAAAAAACUAUGCUAAGAAACAUGGAUAUGGGUUAACGAUCAAGGACAUGACUAUCAAAAAGAGAUACUCACACGAGUGGAGAGAAAGUUGGGAGAAGGUGGACCUCUUGAAGCAAACAAUGAGACAAUUCCCAGACACAGAGUGGUUUUGGUGGUUGGAUCUACAUACAUACAUCAUGGAACCACAAAUUUCAUUGGAACAACAUUUUUUGAAUAAUUUGGACAAUGCUACGUAUAGGACAUUGGAAACGUUUAACCCCUUGGGCUUGGCUGUUGAUAUUCCAUAUGUUGAUUACUCACAACCAAUAGAUAUGAUUAUAACUCAAGAUUGUGGUGGGUUCAACUUGGGGUCAUUCUUGCUUCGUCGCUCUCAAUGGUCGGAAAUGUUGUUGGAUGUCUGGUGGGAUCCAGCAAUGUAUGAGCAGAUGCAUAUGCAGUGGGAGCAUAAGGAACAAGAUGCUUUGGAGACGUUGUACUCGACUCAAUCGUGGAUUAGAGAAAGAACUGCUUUUUUACCCUUGAGAACUAUCAAUGCAUUCCCACCGGGUGCUUGUUCUGAUAAAGCCGACGAUCCACAGUAUUUCUUUAAGGAGCAUGAUUUUGUUAUUAAUAUGGCUGGUUGCGAGUGGGGUCGUGAUUGCUGGGGCGAAAUGGAACAUUACAAGGCAUUGUCGAAGAAACUACACAAGAAAUGGUGGAAAUUCUGGUAA